AAUUCGUACUCAGAGGCUUGUUAAACGUAAAGUGGUCAGGAUCAACUUCCAUUACAUGCAGCUGCUAUUUCACAAUUUGUUAUCCAAAAUCUGGUGUGAUUUUCGAGUUCAUUGUAGCAGUGAGUCCGUCGAACCAUGGUCUUGAAUCAGAACAUUGAGGAAAGAAAGCUGCCAAUGUUUGGUCGGCGCCAUGUACAGUGUUUACUGCUCUUUGUUGGCCUUUCGGUCAUCUAUGCCAUGCGUGUCAACCUAUCCGUUGCCAUUGUUGCCAUGAUGGAUAAGAAUGCAACGAAUCCCGAUUUUCCCGAGUACAAAUGGUCCGAGCAAAUAAAAUCACGAGUGAUCAGCAGUUUCUUCUGCGGCUACAUUUGCACACAAAUACCGGGCGGCAGUUUGGCGCGUCGUUUCGGCGGCAAAGUAAUGUUACUCUUUACGAUGACCACCAGCAGUAUACUGGCCAUAUUUACACCGUUGGCAGUCAGCAUAGGCGAUUGGAUGUUAUUGUGUGCGCUACGUUUCCUACAAGGCUUCGGACAGGGUUCGACUAUACCAGCAAUGGCAACAAUAUUGGCCAAGUGGGCGCCAGUUGAGGAACGUAGCUCGUUGGCAACUUAUAUCUUUUCGGGCGCACAAUUUGGCACAGUUUUAAUGUUGGGCUCCAGUGGUGCACUGGCCUCCUCCAGUUUAGGUUGGCCUAGCAUAUAUUACAUACCCGGUGCGCUCGGUUUGUGUUGGGCAUUACUUUGGCUGUGGCUUGGCGCGAGUUCUCCCAGUGAUUGUAAAGCUAUAACCAACGUUGAACGCGAACAUAUCGAAAGCUCAUUGAAUGCGCACAAGAAAGAUAAAGAUGAUCAUAAACAUGAAAUGCCCAAAACAGUGCCGUGGUGUAAAAUAUUCACUUCUGCGCCAUUUUUGGCAUUACUAGUGACACAUUGCGGCUACACAUGGGGUUUCUGGACACUGCUCACACAAAUACCGUCAUACAUGAAAAGUGUGUUGGACAAGGAUAUCAAGAGUAAUGCGUUACUGUCUUCCCUACCAUAUCUCGUAAUGGUGAUUUUGGGCUUCAUCUGCUGUCCCUUCGUGCGUGCGUUUGAGGAGUCAAAAGUGGUCAGCACCACAACUUCGCGUAAAAUUUUCAACACCAUCGGUCAAUGGAUACCAGUCACCACAUUCAUAUGGUUGGGCUAUGUCACCGCAGAUCAGAGUGAUUUGGCUGUGGUGCUCUUAACGGUAACUGUAGCAAUUAGUUCGAUAACACAUUUUGGCUGGCAAGUGAACCACAUUGAUCUCUCACCACACUUUUCCGGCACGCUGGUGGGUUUGACCAACACAGCGGCGAAUGUGAUGAGCAUCAUUGCACCACUUGUGGUCGGUUAUAUUGUAACUGAUCCGACGAGUUCGCAACAAUGGCGCAUAAUAUUUUUCAUCGCUGCUGGCUACAAUUUCAUAGCCAACUUGCUCUUCAUUACUUUUGGUUCAGCAGAAAUGCAACCCUGGCAUAAUGAGGAGAUCAUGGUGCAGGAGCUGGAACCACUUAAUACAAGUUCGUUGUUAACGAAAUCGGCUGACGAUGAGCAGAAGAAGGAGGCUGUUUAAAUUUUUGUUUACCGAAAUAUUACUGUAAUUGUGUAUUUUAAGUGGGUUGAAAGUAGUGUAUAAAAGAUAUGACUGUAUGUAUAUUAUACGAAAAUAAAUUUUAACGUUUUAUGGAGUGAUAUAAAA